CGGAAAAAUCUCAUGAUGGGAUCCCAUCAACAACUGAAUAUGGCAGAAAGCUCGGCUCUUAAGACUCAAUUCGCUCCUUUUGACAACCGUCAAAAAAUUAAAGGAGGUAGACCUUGGUGUGAUCAUUGCAGAAAGCCGGGACACUCAAGAGAAACUUGCUGGAAGAUUCAUGGAAAGCCAGUAGAUUGGAAGCCACGUCAACCACUUGAGAAAGAAGGACGAGGCAAUCAUGUGGCUACCGAUGAACAAUCGCCACAACCUGAAGCUAGCCCUUUUAAUAAGAAGCAAAUGGAGAUGCUUCAGAAACUACUGUCUCCUCUUUUGUCAGUACAGUCACAAACUGGCUCAUCUUCCAACCAGGUCAUUGGUUCCGGAACCUUGGCUCACAAAGGAUUUGGAUUCGGGGAAGACGAUUGGCAAUGCUGAGGAAUGCUCUGGACUCUACAUCCUUAAGGAGCGCCACGAUCCACAAGAACAACCUCAAAUGACAGUUGGUAGUAAUUCUUUUUCGGUUUCAUGUCAAAAUAACGAUAGUGCAAUUAGGUUGUGGCACUAUCGCUUAGGUCAUCCAAAUGUUAUGUAUCUCAAGCAUUUAUUUCCUUCAUUAUUUAAUAAAAAUCCACAAUCCUUUGAGUGUGAAA